AUGGUUGAUCAUAAAGAUAUUCUCAGCCUAGUGGCCCAUUUUCUCAAAGAACACGGCUAUUCCCAGACAUUGCAGCAACUUGAAUUAGAGUAUGGCAAACCGGUGCAACCAAAAUUGCUAAAUUCAGAAUCUUUGUCUCAAAUACUCGACGACAGAUUACAAUAUGCUUCCAUCAACAACCGAAAUGAAAAUGACAUAGAUGUGAAUGAGGAGCUUCCAUUGAGAUUCAAGGAGCUUGUUCAUGAACGGUUUAUCAAUUGGACGCUGCCAUAUCCUCAUAAACCCACCAAGUUGAAAGUGCAUUCUUUGAUUAUAUUUAGUGUCUAUAACAAGGGUGCCAUAUACUUUUCAACAAACGAUUCACAGAUCAUCAUUUGUAAGGGUGGCUCUAUAACACUUGUCAGAAUGCAAGAGAUUAUAAAAAAGGUAUUAAUUGUUGGACUGAAUUUCGUGUUGUUAGGCAUGAGCGGGAAGCUUUACUUGACAGAUGAGAAAUUUAAUGAAAUUGAAGUCAUUGAUACACUGUCUAGGUUUAUCAUUGACGCCAACCACGUACAUUCAAACGGAGUAGAUUACAUUGUAAUUCUCACAUGGAAUAGCAUGCUCAAGCUUGUAAAGCUCAAUGAAUCUUCUGUCGUGGCUGCAAUGAAAUUAGAUCAACAAGGAACUUGCUUUGAUAUCACCACCUACAGAGGCGAGAUUGUCAUUGUAUUGGGCAAACUUGAAAAUACGUUGCUAGAUGUAAUUACUAUACAGGAAGAACAAUUUGCAUCUAAGUACAAAAUCUCCAUCAACGAUGCAGAAUUCACCACAUCGAGUUUCUCACCAAGGUUUAUCACAAUUUCUCAAAAAGGAGGCAUACCAUUAGUUGCAGUUGCCACCUCACACGAGCCGUACAUGAGAGUCAUAAUCACUUCUUUGAUCGAUUUUGAAACCUCGCCACUACCACCCAUUGCCCGACAUCAGAUAAUCAAGAAUUUAAACACACUAUCACCACAAGACAAGUUUUCUCAACCAUUGAUAGCAUGGAGACACAACUCAGAAAAAGAGUCAGGAAUUUGGGUAAUGGGAGAUGACGGAGUUGUUCGUGGUUUGGAUCUUCUUGACGAUAAAGUGGCUGUUGAAUUGAAGCAACACCAGACAAAGAUUAAAGAUUUUACAUGCUUUUAUGAAAAUGGUUAUGAAGUCCUCAUAACCAGUGGUAUUGAUCGACAGACAUUCGAAUGGAAAUAA